AUGCCACUUCUACCGCCAAUCAAACGACACCAAAACUCGACGAAUUCAAGCGAUUCAGGUCACGAUAGUCCGAAUGGUCAAAGAGAGAAACGACUUUCGGAAGUGGAUCAAUUCGAUGCAUACGAUCGACAAACGUUGAUAUUCUAUGUGAAUGGGCAAAGGAUUGUCGACGAAUCGAUCGAUCCGAGGACAACGCUCGCCAACUAUUUAAGGGAUCACUUGAAACUAACGGGAACGAAGAUCGGAUGUAAUGAAGGUGGAUGUGGAGCGUGUACAGUCAUGAUAUCAGAGAUCGAUCCAAUCUCCCAACAAAUACGACAUUUCUCGGCGAAUUCCUGCCUAAUGCCCGUUUGCGGCGUUUUCGGCAAAGCGGUGACAACAGUUGAGGGGAUUCGCGGAGUUGAGGAAAGAGUUCAUCCCGUACAGGAGAGACUCACGAAAGCUCAUGGCUCUCAGUGUGGCUACUGUACGCCCGGGUUCAUCAUGGCCAUGUACACUCUAUUGAGAAAUAAACCCCAGCCGACGAAAGACGAUGUCGAUAUAGCAAUUCAGGGAAAUCUCUGUCGUUGCACCGGUUAUCGUCCGAUUCUAGAGGCUUUCUAUAGCUUUGCGAAGGAUGAGAAAGGAGAGAUCAAGGUGACUGAAAACGGUUGUCCGAUGGGUGAGAAGUGUUGCAAGAAUGGUGGAGAUGGUUGUGGAGGUGAAAGGAAAACGCUAAUCAAGCUCUCCGACAUGUCCAAAUGUGUUCCAUACGAUCCAUCGCAUGAACUCAUCUUCCCACCCGAGUUGAAGUUAAAAAACUUCCACCAGCAAUCAUUUUUCCACGAUUCGAACGGUCACAAAUGGUAUCAACCAACCGAUUAUUCAAUGUUAUUGGCGUUAAAGAGAAAGCAUCCACAUGCACGGGUCAUUUCGGGGAACUCGGAGCUAGCUAUUGAGUUGAAAUUUCGCUUCAUCAAUUUGGAGAUGGUCAUCAAUCCGAGACAGGUUCCCGAGCUGCACGAGCAUCACCUCACCGAUGAUGGAGACGCGUUGAAUGAAUUUUCAAAGGAUUUACCUGAAUCAAAAACGCGUGUCUUCAAAGCAGUGCUUGAGAUGUUGCAUUGGUUUGCUGGGAGACAUGUGCGAAAUGUGGCGAGUGUGGCCGGCAAUAUCGCCACCGCUUCACCAAUCUCCGAUUUGAAUCCGAUAUGGAUGGCGUCGAAAGCAAAGGUAGUUCUUGACUCUGAGGAACGCGGCGAACGAACGCUGACCAUCGACGAGAAAUUCUUCAUCGGUUAUCGCAAAACGGUGAUUCGACCGGAUGAAAUUGUGAAAGCGGUCAUCGUUCCUUUCUCGAAUGAAAACGAGCAUUUCUACGCCUACAAAUUGGCGCAACGACGCGAGGAUGACAUCGCGAUUGUGACCGGAGCGUUUAGAGCCCAAAUGAAUCCAAAAACGCAACUCGUCGACAAUCUCUCGAUUUCCUACGGUGGAAUGGACAUUUUCACGCGUUUGGCUUUGAAAACGGCUGAGAAACUCGCUGGAAAAAAAUGGGACAAAACUUUAUUGGAUUUGGGAUUGAAUUUGAUCUCGGAAGAGUUCACGCUUAAACCCGAUGUACCCGGUGGAAUGGCUAGAUUCCGUCAAACGCUCACUUUAUCCUUUUUCUUCAAAUUUUUCCUUCAAGUUGCGAAAAAUCUUCAGAUCUCUAUCGAUCACUGUGUGGAGAAAACCGAGAUCGGAGACACGAUUCCGCAUACAUUAAACGCCACACAAUUGUAUCAGGAAGUUUCAAAAGAUCAACCGAUUCACGAUCCAGUGGGAAGACCACUCGAACAUGUGAGUGGAGAGAGACACACAACUGGAGAAGCCAUCUAUACAACGGAUAUCGAAAUUGCUGGAUGUCUCCAUUCAGCUCUUGUCCUCGCACCAAUUGCUUGUGGAACAAUUGACAAUGUCGAUCCGACAAAAGCUCUAGAGAUGGAUGGUGUCAUUGCUUUCUUUGAUGCUUCUGAUUUGCCGACAAAUGAACGAAUGGGUCAUCACUCAGAUACGCCGAUUUUCGCGAAAGAUCGAGUUUCCUAUCAUUGCCAACCAAUCGGUAUCAUUGUUGCGAGAGAUCACGAGACGGCGAGAAGAGGAGCGAAUGCUGUUGUUGUACAAUGCACGGCUGAGAAACCGAUUGUCACGAUUGAGGAAGCUAGAAAAGCUGAUAGUUGGAUACUGGAUGAACUCCAAUUACACUCACAACUCAAUGAGGGAAAUGAUGUGGUGAAGAAGAAUGAUUGGUCAAAAUACACCCGAGUGAUCGAAGGAGAAGUGAAAAUGGGAGGACAAGAACAUUUCUAUUUUGAGACGCACAAUUGUAUUGUGAUACCGAAAGAGGAUCGAGCGCUUGAGGUGAUCGUCUCGACACAGGGAAUAAACGAUGUUCAAACAGAAAUCGGCAAAUGUUUGAGCAUUCCGCGUCACAAAAUCGUCGUCAAAGUGAAGAGAAUUGGGGGUGGUUUUGGAGGCAAAGAAACAGCGAGUCCAUUAAUCGCUGUACCGUGUGCAUUGGCGGCUAUGAAACUGAAAAAGCCGGUUCGUCUCUACUUGGAGCGUUUCGAUGAUAUGGCGAUCACAGGAACAAGACAUCCAUUCAAUUUCAACUAUAAGGUAGCUCUCUCCGAAGACAAUCACCUCAUCGACUACGAUGUAACAGCUUAUGCAAAUGGAGGACAUUCACUUGAUUUGAGUACCGGUGUAUUGACUCGAGCCAUGGUGCACAUCGACAAUGUGUACAAAUUCAAAAACGCUCACAUUUACGGGCGAAUCUGUCGAACGAACACCGCAUCGAAUACAGCUUUCGAGGAUUUGGAGGCCCACAGGGAAUGUUUUUGCACGGAGACACUGAUGAAACAAUUGGCGGAGACCUAUGAUUUGGAUGUGGAUGAGUUGAGAGAGAAAAACUUGUAUAACGAAGGUGAUAUGACACCGUUUGGGAUGCAUUUACGGAAGUGCAAUAUUCGUCGAACAUGGCAUGAAUGCAAAGAGAUUAGUCAAUAUUUAGAGAAAAAGGGAAAAGUCCAGGAAUUCAAUAGGAAGAAUCAUUUCCGGAAACGUGGCCUCUACAUGAUGCCGACGAAAUUCGGAAUCGGUUUCGGGUUGAAGUUCAUGAAUCAGGCCUCAGCUCUUGUCUUGAUUUACACCGAUGGAACCGUUUUGAUCUCACACGGUGGAAUGGAAAUGGGACAAGGCUUGCAUACAAAAAUUCUACAAAUUGCCGCCAGAUGUUUGGAUAUCCCGAUCGAGUUGAUUCACGUCGAAGAGACUGCAACAGAUAAGGUGCCCAACUCUAUGCCAACAGCUGCCAGUGUUGGCUCGGAUUUGUGCGGAGUGGCUGUCGAGGACGCAUGUCAACAACUCAAUCAACGUUUACAGCCAUAUAAAGAUAAAAUGAAAGAAAAGGCAUGGAAAGAUUGGAUCCAAGCUGCACACAUUGAUCGAGUCUCGUUGUCGGCUUCCGGCUUUGGAAUCAUUCACAACGAGCCAGUUGACUUCUUUAAUGGAAAAGGUGCGGAACUUUUCGGCUACUGUGUUUAUGGAACGGCUUGCUGUGAAGUCGAGAUUGAUUGCUUGACGGGUGAUCAUCGAUCAAAUUGGAAGGCGCUUUUGUACAGGGCUACGGUCUGUUCACAAUGGAGGAGAUCCGGAGUGCGCGAAUGGGAUCCGUUUAUCAAGGGGGCCCUGGUGUGUACAAAAUUCCGUCAGCCGUACGAUGUGCCAAGGGAUUACCACGUUUCCCUCCUCAAAGGAUCCUCGAAUCCACACGGUGCUACUUGCGAG